ACUCUUUAGUAAACAAAUUCAAGAUGGAGGUUGGAAGUAAGAAAGAAGGCCUGCCAAAAUUACGCGAUAUUUUGAGGAGACAGCGGGAUGAUUCACUUUCAGAGAGUAUGACGGAAUGCCCAGAUAUCGAGUUCCUGUAUGAUGAUGCCGAUUCUUACAAUGCAGAAUUAGCAGAACUCUUCAGCUACACAGAGGACUCGGAAUUUGAAUCAUCAAGGAAGAAGUUUGAAGAUGGGUUCAUUAACAAAGACUGUGACAACAAAUGGACGAAGUCAUCUGAAGUUGUACAGAGGAAACACAUUGUGUUCCUGCAGAAUGAACUGGAGGUGGCAGACAAGGAGCGCAGGAUAAACGCCAUGUGGUCGCUGCUGUAUCUCGUACAGGGUGUUUAUGGUGAGUGUAUCGCGGAGGAAGAACAUCGAGACUGGACACACAGGAAUGUUCACCUGCUGUAUGAGCAGGGCCUGUUUACCUCGUUCGUGGAGCUACUCUCCAUGGAAAUAGAAAAUACUACUGCUGCCUCAAUAGCAAUGAGAAAACUGGCUGUAUCGGUGGCAGACAGCAGUGAUUUAAGGUUAAUUCUGAGUGUGUUGUAUAUUGUGGUGGAGGUGAUGAGGAGUCCAUUGGAGACAGAAUCUGAUGAACAGAGACACAACAGAACCAUAUUCACAGAGGAUCUAGUAACACCACUGGUUGGUGAGGAUAUUCUCCCUGUAAUGUUAUUCAGCAUGAUCACGAAGUUCUGCAGUGGCAGUGCACCACACUUCCCAAUGAAGAAAGUCCUACUCCUGCUGUGGAAGGUUCUUCUGGUUUCCUUGGGGGGACUUCGGGACUUGCAAAGCAAAAAGAAUGAAGUUCGGGAAAAGUUUGGUCUUCCCCCACUCCCAGAGGACACGUAUGAAGUCUGCAAAAGCAUGAGGGCGUCGUCCCCACCCACAUCAGCAGCUGACCUCAUAGACCAACAGAUGCCCCGCCGGGCAUUUAGGGGAGGCAAACGAAUGGACUCCUUCAGUUUUUUCAACAUGAAGAGUAGUCUGGACAACGAUCCGUUUGAAAACACGAAUGGCGAGGAUAACAUAUUUAAUGACGUGGAUGGAAAUGCGCGACAAAGCAGUGACGACGACAUGCCCCCUACUCCACCCCGACCGGCCACGCCCACCAUAACACAACAGAGAACAUUACCAUGGAAACCAAAAGUCAGGCAGAAAGAUUUGGAACAAUUUCUGGAUUCCACAAGAACAAAGUUUGUCGGAUUCCAAGUGAAGAACGAUCUGACAUCAUUAGCAGGAUUACCACAGCCUAUACAUGAAGGGGUGAAGGUUCUAAAGGAGCAUCUCUACAUAUCACUUACAGAAAUCCAAAUUAAAAGGGAGGAAGAAAUCGCCAAGAAUCCUUUUUCAAAGCCAGAGACAGAUAUCGCUAACACCCCUGUGGAGAUCCUCUUCCAGGCCAUCCUCCCCAAUCUUCCCCAGUACAUGAUAGCCCUGCUGAAGAUUCUCCUGGCCGCGGCCCCCACCUCCAAAACCAAGACGGACUCCAUCAACAUCCUGUCUGACGUGCUCCCAGAAGUCAUGCCGUUAACGGUGCUGCAGUCGAUGAAACUUGGUAUUGAUGUGAAUCGACACAAAGAAAUCAUUGUGAAGGCCAUCUCAGGGCUUCUGUUGUUACUAUUGAAACACUUCAAACUCAACCAUGUGUAUCAGUUUGAAUUUAUGAGCCAACAUCUUGUGUUUGCCAACUGCAUACCUCUGGUGCUGAAAUUCUUCAAUCAAAACAUCUUGUCUUAUGUUACUGCCAAAAAUAGUAUCCCCUGCCUAGACUACCCCGGCUGUGUGGUUGGAGAACAGCCUGAGCUUACUGCUGAGGCACUGGAGAGUGGUGACGACCAGCCAUUCUGUUGGAGGAAUCUCUUCUCCUGUAUAAACCUCCUAAGGAUACUCAACAAGCUCACCAAAUGGAAGCACUCUAGGACUAUGAUGUUAGUGGUGUUUAAGUCAGCCCCAAUUCUAAAGAGAGCCUUGAAGGUAAAGCAGGCCAUGAUGCAGUUAUACGUCCUCAAGUUGCUGAAGAUGCAGACCAAGUACCUGGGCCGUCAGUGGAGGAAGAGCAACAUGAAAACAAUGUCUGCCAUUUAUCAGAAAGUCCGACACAGGCUCAAUGAUGACUGGGCGUAUGGCAAUGAGGAGGAAGAUAGUCAGAAGUUCAUUAAAAUAACGCUGAAUUGGCUCCAUCAAACCUGCUCUGCUGACAGAGAAUUUUAGGUAUAUAGCAGUAAUAUUAUUCCACUGUCAUUGCAAAUGACAGUGUUACAGCCAGUGACUUUGAGUAUGCAUACUUAGAUAGGCAUCAUGAACAUGUAGUUCCAGAAGGGAGUAUAAUGUACCCUAGACUACCUUUAUCGAAAACAUGGCUUUAUUCUCGAUGAGAAUAUCUGGGGUUGUAUUACAAGUGUUCAUAGGGUAUGUCUGAGAUGAAUAGUGUACUGUGACUCAAGUUUGCAAAGUAUCAUACCAAGAAAGCAUUUCCCCCAUAAAUUAUCAAUAUUAUCUAUCCCAAAAUAUUAAAGUUUUUCAUUGUGUAAACAGUUUGGUUCUCAAUCAGAAUUUCCCAUGUUGAACUACCUGAAAGUGUAUCCACCUUAGGGUGCAAACUUCCUGAAGGUGUGAACUACCUGAAGGUGCAAACUUCCUGAAGGUGUGAACUACCUGAAGGUGCAAACUUCCUGAAGGUGCAAACUACCUGAAGGUGUGAACUACCUGAAGGUGCAAACUUCCUGAAGGUGCGAACUACCUGAAGGUGUGAACUACCUGAAGGUGCAAACUACCUGAAGGUGUGAACUACCUGAAGGUGUGAACUACCUGAAGGUGGUCUUCCAGCCUGACUUUAGAGCUGUUGUAAGAUAUCCAUGAUUGAUCAUUUUCAGUCCACUUUAUUUGUGGGGUUGGAUAAUCAUUAACUUUCUUUAUCAGGACCUUUACUAUACACACUAUGUUUCACCAUUUAAUUGUUUUUAACUUGUCUGCAUUGUUCUCUAUGGAUUUAACUGUUUCACAUAGUUUUACCACUAUGACACAUUUAUGUUAUUCAAGUUCAUAUAAUGUCUUAUUUUUUUGUUCUAUAUUUAAAUUUGUUUAUUAAUAGUGUAAAGCACUUCAGAGUGAUUUCAUCGAUUAUACAAAUGUUUAAAAUUGGAUUAUAAUGAUAAUAGUUUUCUUUAAUAUUUCAUUACUUUAAUUGUUAUCCCAUACAAAUGAAAUCAAACAGGUGUGUGUAUUUCAUUGUAGAGUUGGUAAUUAUAAUUAAAAAUUGAAUGAUUUGUUAUGGGAAUGAUAACUGUUAUUAUUACAGAAAUUCGGAGGGGCAAGUUUUCUCGAUUUCCACCUCAAAAUUUAUUCAUUUUAUGAAGUGCUUUAUUCUAAUUCAAGUCAAUCAUCUCAUUUGUUUUAUCAAAAAAUCUUAUACCAAGUCAGAUCUAAUUUACGCCGGGAAUGAUGGUAUACAUCUUCAAAUUUUAUUUCAACUUUCUAUCCAUAUAAUUUUUGUUUAAUUUGCUGAAUUUGAUACUGAAUCCCACCAACAGUGGAAAAUAAAGUAUUCAACCAAUGAUGCUGAAGAAAUUAUAAUAUUUAGUCUCUGAAGCUUUGAAUUUUGAGUUUUACAAGGGCUGUUAUAAAUCAUGUACAUAUUGCUUCAUUAUAUUCUUAAAAGUGAAAUGGUGAUAACAUAAUGAAUUGUC